AUGACUCUCGAUAUAAGCAAAGUGGCCAUAAUUGGUGCAGGGCCUGCCGGUCUUGCAUCAAUUUACGAACUAACCCACACUAAUAAGGACGGUACUUCCACCGUUGGUUCUUCUAAAUCUUCAAAUCCAAAAUUUACUAAAAUUGUUGCUUUUGAACAAAAGGAUAAAGCAGGUGGUAUUUGGGCUCCCUCUUUGAAUGAAACAGAUGUUCCAGUACCCCCUCAAGAGAUUCUUGACACUGAAAAGUAUAAUGAUCCAGACGUCAUUCAUCCUCAAUUGAAAAUUCCCUCGGGAGUUGAAAAUGCUAGUUAUGAGAAUCCAUUCGUUGAGCAAAGUGACCAAUUGUAUAAUGAUAAGUUGGAAUGGAAAAGAUCUGGGGUCUACGCUGACUUGUUUACAAACAUUCCUUCAAGAUUUGUUCGGUUCUCUUACCAACCCAAUGAACCAGAAUAUUUGGAUGAAAAAAGAAUCAUUUAUCCUUUUCUUUCCCAAUAUGAACUAUCAAAAAGAAUUGAAGACUUUAUUGAAAAUGAAAAUUUAAAUGAUUAUAUCCGAUUCAAUACUCGUGUUGAAAAAGUAACUAAAAAUUCAGAUAAUAAGUGGGUAAUUACCGUUAGACAAAUUUCAAAAGAUUUGAAAGAACAUUGGUAUCAAGAAGAAUUUGAUGCAAUCAUUUUAUCUAAUGGACAUUAUACCGUUCCAAACAUCCCACACAUUCCAGGUUUAUCGAAAUUUAAUAAACUUUAUCCUGAUUCGACUAUUCAUUCAAAGUCUUACAGAAAUCACGAAGAUUUUAAAGAUCAAAACGUUUUGGUAGUUGGAUUUGGAAUUUCAACUGCUAAUUUAGUCCAGUAUAUUGUUCCUUUUGCUAAAAAGACGAUUGUUACUCAAAGAGGUCCCCAUUUGGUAUUUGACUGGAUUAAUCAAGGUUUGAAAUCGGAUGGUAUAACCCAUAAACCUCAAAUUAAAGAGAUUCUUGCCGAAGAAAGAAAAGUUGUUUUCACCGAUGGUUCGGUUGAAGAAAAUAUUGAUAAAAUCUUAUUAACUACUGGUUAUCAUUACCAUUAUCCAUUUUUGAAUGAUCAUCUAAGAAUUGUUAAUCCUUCAAACUUGAGUAGAGUUGCGGGUCUUUACUAUAAUACUUUUUCUAUUGAAGAUCCAACAUUGGCCAGUGUUGGGGUUACAGUUGCUCAUUUGACCUUCCAUGCUAUUGAAGCUUCUGCUGCUGCAAUUGCUGGGGUUUGGUCAGGGAUUAAAUCUUUACCAUCAAAGGAAGAACAAAAAAAUUGGGAAAGAAAGCAUUUGGAAGAAACCGGUGAUAACUUAUUAUUCCAUUAUUAUGUUCCCGAUAAAGUGAAACCAGAAUACGUUGAUAAGAUUUACCCCCUUGCACCUUUGAAUCGGCCAAAUCCUUUAGAAAAAGAUGGUGACUUCAUUAAUGAAAUCGAUAUUGGUGUCGAUAAUUUAGAAAAAUUAUUCUAUAAAAUCAAAAAUAAGGAAUUAGAUAUUAAAGAUACCGUAUAUCCCGUGAAAUCCUCUGCUUAA